AGUAACAGCGGCUGCAGCCAAUUAUCGGUGGCCGGGCUGUCCUGGCGGAAGGUGACAUUGCUCCGGUGUCAUGGCGUCGCUCGUGCGGUUUGGGGGAGCCCUGAGGGCUGGAAGCCGUCUUUUUAGCGGCGUGGUGAAGAGGAGAACCGGGGUUCGCAAUGCCGGGGGAGAGGUUCAUAUAGCGCCACGUUACAGACAGAUGAUGGAAGUGACCAAGUCCCAGAAGUUUCAGGCCGAGCUGCUCAUGGGCUUCAUGUGGUUUUGGAUUCUCUGGCAUUUUUGGCAUGAGCCUGAUGCAGUUUUUGGUCACUUUCCAUAUCCAGACCCCUCACAGUGGACUGACGAGGAGCUGGGAAUACUCCCCGAAGACGAAGAGUGACGCUCUUUACAGUGUAUUGGGUCUUCCCGUUAAUGCGACGGUCGAGAGGCUUGUAAAUAAACGUGAAUUCUAUUUAUGUAUCUUGUUGGCUUAUUCAUUCCAUAAUGAAGCAUUCCUGACGUACUUGGAGGAUCUUGUCGUAGUAAUAGCCACAGCCAGGUUCAGAGAGCUGUAAUGUGGACGCAUUUUAACCUAUAAAUUGUAGAUCAACCACC